AUGAAGGUCCUCGCCCUCGUCUCUCUUGCCUCCGUUGCCGCUGGUGUGACUAUCAGAAACCACAUCGAAGACAACUGCAGGGGCAGCUACCUCGAAUUCACCAACAUCCCACCAAGAGUCUGUGCUGUUGCCAUCUAUGAAAACACUAUAAAGGGUGCUGUUACUGUCGCCUUUUCCGGGUUGCCGUCAUUCUCGCCCAUGUAUGGCUGGCAGGCCCGUGACAGUUAUACAUGCGGUACGAUCGUGAAGGGUGACAAUGUCGGACCCACCGACAGCAAGUGUCUUGCAAAGCUUUCCAGUUCCGCUCUAUACUCUGGCAGCAGCUGGAGCCAGGCAGGACUGCGUAACGUCAAAGGAGGGAGGGAUACAACCUGCACGGGCAAAGCGGCCCCCAAUGCGAUUGUCCUGAACGAUGGACACAAGUACGCCGUCGACAACAUGGAUGCCGAAAUGUUCAAAUCGCUAUACCGCAUGGUCGCCAAGGGAGCUACGUCUCAGGAAUUGCCAGCCGAGUAUGCUGCAUUUGAGGUUGAAAUGGAGACUGCUGAGCAGCGCGCCCAAGAGAUCCAGGCUUAG